AUGAGUUCUGUGGGUUACGAUGAUUCCGAGCCUGAGCCCAAGCGAAGAAGGGUUCGAAAGGGAACUCACAGUUGUUGGGAGUGCAAACGGAGAAAAGUACGAUGCAACUUUGCCUCAGCGGCUGAUACAAUUUGUAUCACCUGUCGCCGACGUGGCACAAAGUGCGUCUCACAGGAGUUACCUGAAGAGCAGCACGUUGAUGCCGCGGAUCGCAUAGAGCGCGGGGCGGAAGAGACACCGUCACGCACGACUCACACUCGAGCACCUCCAGCAUCCAGGAUAUCGCAAGCCCUCCUGGAAGCCUUCCCCGUCCGGAAAGACGUUGAUAUCUUACUCGAAAAAUGCACUGGAAUUUCCCAAUUCUGUCACCAAGUCAAUGAUAUGCCGCACACACAAGACACGGGCGGAAAACUCGAGAUCAAAGCCAAAUUAACGGAAAGUGUUAGUCCUCUUACUCAUCCGGUGCUCGUCGCCAAACAAAUGCUCAUGCUUUCCUCCUUGAUCGCACAUUUUCCGCCACAGCAGCAUAUCAGCGGCCUAUCUGAGCAUCACCGCGUCACAAUGGAGAGACUUGCUGAGACAGCAAUCAGCCUGGUAACAACGAACGAAGAACUAUUGGGACCCAUGGAAAUCUUGGAAUGUAUUUUGCUCGAAGGACUUUACCACCUAAAUUGCGGAAAUAUUCGACGAGGUUGGCUUGCACACAGGAGAGCCAUGGUGGCGGCACAAUUGUCCGGGAUCCAUCGCCCACGAUGCCCUCCCGUAAAAACAAUUAACUCCGACACGGAUAUUGACCCAACAUACAUGUGGUCUCACAUUGUCUACCUGGAACGCUUCCUAUCUCUGAUCCUGGGUCUCCCUUCCGGGCAACCAGACGUCAGGCUGGAUUCGGAUUUGACGUUAACACGUGUUACAUCGAGCGACCGGCUAGAGCGUUGCCAUGCCAGGAUCACUGGCCGAAUCCUCGAACGAAACCAACUUGGUGUGUCGCAGCAUGUUCGCGACCUGACUCUCGACAUUGACAAGGAGCUUCGCAUGACGGCCGAAAGCUUGCCUGCCGACUUCUGGCGCCCGCCAGACUUCACCGGCAUUGACUUGGACUCGGACGAAGCAUUCAGAGAGACAAUGCGGAUCCGGGAUCAAGUGACUCACUACACAUUGCUCAACCAGCUGCACCUGCCGUUUUUGAUGUGCCCCAGCAGAUGCGAGAUUCAAUACUCCCAAAGCUCUUGCGUGUAUGCCAGUCGCGAGGUCUUGACCAGGUUUAUCGCGUUUCGGUCGAUCAACAACAGCUGGUCUUGUUGCCGACUGGCCGACUUUCUCGCUCUGAUAGCCGGCAUGACUCUAAUGAUAAUCCACCUCGACAGUCAUCAACACAUAGGCAAGGACAAUCUCCUGGCACACCAGCGGCUCGGAGAUCGUGCCACGGUGAAGCAGGCCCUCAAAAUCAUGGAGCUGAAUUCCGAGGUUCAUGAAGACAUGUUAUCGGCCAAGUGCGCUGGUUUGUUGCAGAAUCUACUACGAACCGAAGCAGCUUCCCAACGCUUCAGAUCUCAUGGAGACGAGGGUCACCAGGAAGACGUGGAGGACGCUCUGUUCGUCACCGUCCCCUACUUUGGCACCAUCCGAAUCGGCCGCGAUGGUAUCAAGUCGGCAGCUAAGACUCCGCCGCAACCUCUACAAAAUCCCGAAGCCGACAUUACCAUUGGAGGCAUUGGAUCAGUCCACUUCGGCGAUAGUGUUGUGGCGCGUGACACGGGUCUUUCGGUAGCCGAUGUGUCAACAGGUUGCGGGAGCAUGCCAUCUCAAUCACGCCUGCCGGCGUUUCAGCCGCAACCACAACAUGACGAGCUGCAUACUGAGACCGAUAGUGUGGACCUGCCCAGUGCCGCCCAAGAUUUGUACACAGGGGCUGCCGGUGUCAACGAUUGGGCUUUCCAGGGCAUCGAUACCGCCUUCUUUGAUAACUUGCUGAUGGGCACCGACAUGCAGGUUGGCGACGGAACAGUGGCUAGCUGGGACCGGAAUGCGCCUGGUGGUUAA